CCACGUGUCACAUGACCAACGUUAUUAAUUGGGACGCGUUCAUGUGCCACGGGACAUCUGAGGAUUAGCUUCUUCUGUCCCGUUUAUAAACCGUGAAAAGUGCGGAGUUGAACAACUAAUCAGGGAAACUACUCCACGGUUUAGGUGGACUUCUUCUGGACCAUAUCCCAGGUGUAUGAGAGUAGCAAAGCCCCCUCGUCUUUAUUCAUAGUCCCACGGCUGUAUCCUGCAAUCCACAAGCAAAAAAGCAUUUGAUAAUCUGCUGGCUAAGGAGUGAAAGUCGAGCCUUGCUGUCUGCACCUGUCACCUGUCUCACCUGCUCGGGAAUGUGGCUGGAGUGCUUCCUGGUUUGAGCUGAAGGGGCGGUGUCUGUCUGUGAGCCACACUUUCCUGUAAAUCUGUAUUGUUCUGGAGAGAGACGCACACAUUUCACGCAGCGCUGGAUACUGACGGAGCACAGAUGACGGAUAAUAGAAAAAGAAUGCUGUACACAGAAUUCCUCCAGCUCUGGGCCUCCUCUGUUCAGAAGGUGGACGCUCAGGACUGGCAGGGCUGUGUGUCCACUCUGGAGCAGAUCACAGAACCCACCGCCCGCACGCUCUUCAACAUGGCCUCUGCCCACCUGGCUCUGGGACGGCCCGACCUGGCACUGACUGCUUUAGACCUGGCGCUGGUGAAAGAUGAGCACCUGGCUGUUGGCUUCUUUCAGAGAUCAACUGUGAUGAUGCUGUUGGACAGGCUGGAGGAGGCUCUGUCGGACUGUAUCUGGGCUCAGAAACAGAUGAGAAACAACCCUGUGAUCGACUACAAACAGCUGGGACUCAGGUUCAAGCUCUACAGCUGGCAGGUUCUGUAUAACGCAGCAGCAGUCUACACUCGUAUGGGACACUGGGACCAGGCACAGGAGGUGCUGGAGACAGUGUCCAAAGAGAGGACAGGGGGAAAGGGACCCAAUAUUGAGACGGCUAUGGACUAUGUCAAGAGCAGAGAAGUUCUAGCUCCACUUUUGAUUCCUGAAGGAGUAGUUUUUAGACCCAAUAAACGUGAAGUGGACCAGCUUAAAGAAAGGGACUUCCUGGGAAAAGCUAAGGUGAUUUCCUCCAUUAUUCCCAAUGAUGACUUUGGAGGAUUUGAACCAUUGAGACUGCAGAAACCUGGAUUUUAUGAACCCAAAUCUGAAGGAGCCCAAGACUCUCGUUACAUGCGAGUGAAAGCCCCGUACAUGUCCCGUGGCCCAGGACAGCUCACAGUUCCAGGGGGCGCCAUGGUGUUCCUGUUUGGCGAGGAGGACAGAGAUGGAAUGACCUCAGUUAUUUGUGAUGGACAGAGAGGACUUCUGCCUGUGUCCCUGCUGGAGCCUGUCGAUGUGAGGUCAACCAAAGGCAAAAGGGACAAUAGGAUUCCUAACGGCAUCCCUCUCCCUCCCGAAUUAAAGCCCCCCAACCGUCCAGAGGUCACACCCAGCCCUGUACCGCCCCCGAGAGAAAGUGUCAAGUCUUAUAAAACACAAAAUACUGCCCACCGUCCAGAUUCCUUUCGUUCUCCAUCUGUCAUCUCUGUCACAAAAGCUCCUCUACCAGACCCUGCGCCUAUUCCGAAGACAGAAAACUCAGACAACCAGCUGUCAGAUGUCCCCCCAGCCCCAGAGGCAGGUCCAGUGCAGGUGAAAGUCCACUUCACCCAGACCCUGUCUCUGUCUGUGCCUCUGGACUCGUCGUACCAGGAUCUGAGAGAGACCAUCGCAAAGACACUGGGCCAAACGCCAUCCGCGAUACGCCUUAGGCGUAAAGCACAGGGCUCCCGUGUGCUGCUGCCUCUGGACCAGGAUCAGGACUCUGGCUCUCCUCUGCUGGAGCUGGCUCAGUCCGGGAGGGUCCAUCUGUGGUGCCAGAAGGAGGAUCCACUGGAGAACCGUUCUGCCAUGUACCAGAUGGUGGCGCUGUACGACUACACGGCACAGGGCCCUGAAGAUCUGGAGUUCAGUGAAGGAGACACCAUCGAUAUCCUGGGGGAAGUGAAUGAGGAGUGGCUGGAGGGGCACUGUGCAGGCGUCACUGGGAUAUUUCCGUCCUGUUUCGCCUACAGAGAGAACACACAGGUGGUGCAGGAGCCACGGCUGUAAAGACCAAACCACUGACACUGUUACUGCGUCUACCAUCACUGUAUCUGACCUUUUUAUAUGUCUGCUAUGUUGCAUUGUGUGGCACUCAAGAGUAUGUUUACAUUAAACCUGAAGCUUAUUUGAAUUUCA